AUGGGCAACACCUGCUUCAUUAACAGCUUCACUCAGUUAUUCUUCGCCGCACGGCAUUUUCGGAUAGACCUCUUGCGGGAGAAGCUUCCACGUCUGCUGAGCUCCCUCGAUGAUUCCGGUACUGGCAGUAAAACCGUAUGGGAAUGGGUUGGUGGACGCCGCGUUGCUGCAGGUUUUGUCCUCCUCAUGCUGCAGAUGCACUGGAUGGUGACGCACGGCCUUAGCGGGCGGGCCGUGGACACGAAGUACUACCGGUAUUUUUUGCCAGAACCGUUUAAUGACGGCUUUCAGCACGAUGCCUCGGAGUACGGGAAAGUGCUGAUGGAGCUCUUGGACAACAGCUGUGCCGGCGAGACCGCAAGGGAUGGCACCUCCUGUGCGUUGGAGGAGGACACCCCGUCCCAAUCCGCGGAGGAAAAGGAAGAGAAAGGGGAAAAAGUCAAGGAGGGAACGGUGUUAGAGGAAGGAGCGGGGAGGUGGGGACUCACCACGGGCCAUCUCCCGGCCACCGUCAGCACCCACACUGAAGGUAACACAACCGAGACUAAAAGUGGUGGCCAUGGAGACAUCAGCGGGGGUGGGACGACUCAGAGCACUGUUGUGGCACGAUGGUUCGGUGGGGUCUCGGCGUCUCUCAUCGAGUGCGUGUCAUGCAAUCACACACGAACUCAGUUGAGCCCAUUCUGGGACAUCAGCGUUCCGCUGCGCCGAGAGGAGGACGUCAAGUCGUGGAGCGACAGUGCAGAAGUCGUCUGCGACGAAGAGAAACACUUGAAGGAGGAGGCGCAUGUGCUGCGCUCGGCAGACGGACAUGUUGUUGCGAUUACCACGUACUGUACGUACGACGCCGACGUGGACGGGGACGUGAACGAUACAGCUCUGCCAAAGGAGGCGGAGGAGGCAAGACAGCAGCCUUCGCUGCAGGACCUUCUGGACAGCGUUCUUGACUACCGCAACUCUGGUGAGGUCCUCUAUGGCGAUAACAUGACAUAUUGUGAGUCCUGCCGCAGUCGUGAGCCUGUUAGGCUGCGAACAGCUGUGCACACCAUGUGCAAACGUAGGGUGCCCCUCACGGGGGACCAUGGGUGGAGAGUACAACAUGAGCAGCUGCAGGAGAGCGACAUUGCGGGGGUACCUUUUUACCUCACCCUGCAGCUCAACCGUUUUCACUACCGUCGCGAAACCGGCAGCCAUGAAAAGGUGAUGGAUAAGGUGACGAUUAACAAGCUGAUUGGUGUCCCGGUGCGGGUUGUAAUGCGGGGGAGUGGUUGCGCCGACAGGGCUGAACACCCUGGCGAGGCUGCGGCUGUGGGGAAUGAGGAGGAGGACGUUCUGCACGGGCGUAUUCACUACCGACUUCUCGCAGUAUUGGUACACAGCGGCCCCAGCCCCCGCAGCGGGCACUACUUUACAAUACUACGCUUCUUCGCAGACGCAGACGCAGACGCGGAGGGGGAAGACGAAAACGAUGGCACACGUGACUCGUGGGUACUGGCAAAUGACUCCAUGAUCUCACCCUUGACGUCAGAGACCGCUGAGAACGUGUUGUCCGGCUCCAGCGGGGUUUUCGGUAUGUCCGAGACGCCGUAUAUCAUCCUCUACGAGCGCUGCGGGUAUCCUCCGCCCGCCAACGAGGCGCUAGAACUCCCCACCGCGGUAGAGGAGCUGCUACGGAGCCUCGUGCUGCCAGGGGCACACGGGUCACCCGCCUCAGUCAACAACAACAACGGCGACGGAGGUGAUGGAGACGACGGGGAUGACGAUGGCGCUGUCGGUGGUGGGGACAACGGUGCUGAUGCGUUUGAUGCAAACAACCCAUUCUGGGGUGGCGGCACGCCCAUCUUUUGA